AUGGAUGAGGGGAUUGAGUCUUUCAUUAGCAAAUCUGCAGACAACACUAAGCUGGGAGAGUGUGUUGAUCUGUCGGAAGAUGUGGAUCGUGACAUGGAUUAUUUGGAAAUGCUGGUGAAUGAUGAUUUGAAAACCAGGCCAGAUGCUGGAGCUGAACCUGCUGGUGAAGGUGGUGCAGCUUCCCAAGCCACGUCCAGGUCUGAGCCCCUGGGAGAUGCUGAGGGGAAUUACCCAGCUACAGGUCACAAGAAACCCCAUGAGCCAUCCAUAGUCAAGAUGCCAGUACUGAAGGAAAUGCAGCAGGCAGGACAAGCGAUGGACCAAAAAGCUGUACUGAAGGUGGCAUUUCCCGGGCUAAGUGGCGGCUCAUUGGAAGGCCCUGCAGGAAGGAAGGCAAUGCCAGACACGGGCACAGGCACAGCAGAUGAGGUGUCUGGGAAGACUUCUCCAUUAGCUUGGCUGCAUAAAGUGUUGGUCCUAUCUGAGCCCCUCUCAGGUGUGCCUGCAGGGAGGAUUUCUCCAGCUCCUUUGGUGAUUUCUACACAGAAGCCUGGCUCCCAUCGCAGGGGUCCUCCGAGGGGAAAGAACAAAGGCAAAGGACACCAGAAAGCCCAUGAGCCAUCCAAAAACAUGAGGCAAAUGCUGAAAGAAUUGCUGCAGGCAGGACAAGAGAAGGACAAAAAAGCUGUGCGGAAGGCGGCGUUUCCCAGAGGAAGCAGUGGCUCCAUGCCAGCCUCUGCUGCAGGAAGGGAGGCGAUGCCAGAUUGGGAUGGUGACAUGGAUUCCAUGCUUGUCUUUCUGGAUGAGAGUUUGAAGACCUCGGCAGAUGGUGGAGGCAAGUUCGCAAAGUCCCUUUUUACUUAG